AUGACUUCAACUACAAUGUGUUUCUAUGAGCUCAUUUUCCUCAUUAUUUGUUUGUUUACAAGUGCCGAUAGUCUCAAAAACAGGGGCAACGUUUCAAGAAACUUCGAUAACUGUGAUUUAAGUGUAAACUGUAUCAGAAAAUGUUGUCCUGUUGGUUAUAUCCUCGUGGGAAGUCAGUGCAAAGUUAAUAAUUCAAGUGAACCCUUCAUAGUACCGGUAUUCAACAAAACCUUCUUUGUGGGAACUGUCGAUCAAUCAACAAAGUUUAGAAUUACAGAUAUAACGUGCUUGUUAUUUAGAUUAAACAAUAAUGUUCCUAAGGAUGCCUACUAUGUUCAAGAGGACGGAAAAUUGUUUGUUCCGAACUUUAAUAAGUCUUUUGAAAACAACGAAUAUUGCAUAGAUGAGAUACAUACUUUAUCUGCUUUUCUAUGUUUUCCUGAAAAGGAUGUUGUGGUACCAAAAACAAUUUUGCAGACGAGUAAUGCCGCAGGUAUGAUAAUAUCGAUGCCAUUCCUGUUGCUUACAUUUCUCGUUUAUCUGCUAUUACCUGAGAGAAAUUUACACAGACGAGCGCUUAUGUCAUAUGUGUUUACUUUAUUAGCAGCAUAUAUUACUCUGGUCACUAUUCAGCUCUACUCAGGACAGUUUCCUGAUACAACAUGUCACGUUUUAGGUUACCUGAUUAUAUUCUUCUUCUUGGUGUCUUUCUUCUGGAUGAACGUCAUGUGUGUUGACAUGUGGUUAGCCUUUAGCGGUAUGAGAACAUUCCUUUCUAAAAAAACAGCUGAACGAAAAAGAUUUAUUAUAUACUGUUUCUAUGCUUGGGGCAUGCCAAUAAUUCAUGUUAUUAUAGUAUUUUGUAUAAAUCAGUAUGGAAACACAGCGGCCGGCUAUCACCCUCAAAUUGGAGUUAAGCGAUGCUUCUUAGGCGAGGGCAUGCCAACGUUCUACUACUUCUAUCUACCCAUGGCAAUUUUAAUCGGAAUAAAUAUUACCUUGUUCGUUCUCACUACUGUUAGAAUACAAAAAAUUAAGAGGGAAACUUCAAUGUUAAAACAGACUGACAGCCGAAGACAUACCUAUGAAGACGACAAACAAAAGUUUAACUUAUACUUGAAACUGAUGUUUGCAAUGGGUAUAAACUGGAUUACAGAAUUAGUUUCGUGGGCUGUCGAUUUUGCCUUUAGUAAUACCCCUACUUUUGUAUGGUAUAUAACUGACUUUACAAACGCAAUGUACGGACUACUAAUUUUCUUGAUCUUUGUCGCUAAGAAGAAAAUCUGGAGAUCGCUUAAAAAGAAGUACUACAUAUGUAUCGGCAAACCACACCUUGCUCACUCCAUGACUACAUCAUCGGCUCGUGGCACUCGGACCAGCAACUACUCGACCACUGAUACCGCAGUCAGCACCGAUUACCGUCUUAGUGACAUGAAGAACGGAAAAAUUCCUGAAGAAUCGGCCCUUAACAGAUCAUAA